AUGAUUUUACCGUUACCAAAAGCUACCCAUGAACAAGUAAGAAGAACUAAAUCUAAAAAGUCGGAAAUCCUGUCAUCUACCCCAUACAAAGACAAAUUGUUGGAAGAAAAAGAUAGGCGUAUGGAAGGCCUAAAGAAAAAGGGAGGAAAAAGAAAAGUUUUUGGUGAUUCUGGGCAAAAUACAGAAAUCCAGAAGAAGAAAAAAGUUGACAAUGAAAAAGACAAUACGAUUUGUCCCGGAUGUUCCGAGCAUUAUUCUACAUCCGAUUGGAUUAAGUGUCACUUGUGUCAAACAUGGUGGCAUGAUGACUGCUCUAAUUAUCUAGGAAAUGGCCUAUUUUCUUGUGACUUAUGCCUACAUUUAAAAGAAUAA